AUGGCUACAUCCCCUUUUAUUAUCACGGAACACAUUGUCGAUGGUCAGCAUAUUCGGGAGUAUCCUCAUGCCACGAGAAGAGGAGAUGAUGCUCUAAAGCUUGUGGCCAAGAGAUAUACCCCAAAGUCAAACCCAAAUCCUCAGCUGGGAGAUGUCACGAUCAUUGGUGCUCAUGGUAGUGGAUUUCCCAAGGAAAUGUAUGAGCCAAUCUGGGAAGGGGUUCUCUCCAGACUGAACGCUCAAGGCGUUCGGGUUCGUUCGAUAUGGAUUGCCGAUAACGCGACUCAAUCGGCGAGUGGAGUGUUAAAUGAAGAGUAUCUUGGAAAUGACCCAUCGUGGUUUGACCAUGCUCGAGAUCUUCUCUAUUUAAUCAACUACUUCAAAGCAGAUAUGCCGAGGCCGAUUGUUGGAGUUGGCCACAGUCUCGGCGCUGGACAAUUGGCUUUAUUGUCUCUAUUACAUCCCCGACUUCUCACUUCCCUUGUCCUUAUGGAACCCGUGAUAGAGCCAGAUACAUUUUCUGCAAAGGGACCAACAUUCGUGAAACUAUCACUUAAUAGGAAAGAUAUGUGGCCGUCGCAGUUGGAAGCGGCAAAGGAUUUCAAAAAAGCAUACCGCAAGUGGGAUCCGAGAGCUAUUGAGAGGUAUAUUAAAUAUGGACUCCGAGACGUGCUACCAGAAACCGACUCAACAAAAACCGGAGCAGUCACCUUGACUACAUCGAGGCAUCAAGAGGUGGUUCAGUACAUGAGACCAAACUUUCAUAACAAAAAACCUCUAGACGCGGACAAUGACCCUGAAUCCCUACAAUUCCACGACACUGUUUUCUACCCAGACACUAUGGGCCCUUCCAAUUCAAUCUACCCCUUUUAUCGGUGUGAGCCUGUCCUUCUAUUCAAGUUGCUCAAGCAUAUCCGGCCAUCCGUCCUCUAUCUAUACGGAGAAUCAAGUCCAAUAUCAACGCCAGAUAACCGGGCAAGAAAGUUGGAAAGGACGGGGAAAGGAAUUGGAGGUAGCGGCGGUUAUAAGAAUGGUAGAGUCAAAGAGGUCACCUUCCCAGGAGCAGGGCAUGCUCUUCCCUUUGAAGCCGUGGACGGCGUAUCCGACGCGACAUCGGCGUGGCUGCAGCAAGAGAUCAUGCGGUGGAAGGAGGAGGAAGAGCGUAUCGAAAAAGGUUGGGUAGAUUUGCAACGUGAAACAAGGACAUCCACGUCGGAUGAAUGGCGGGUUCACUUGAAAAUGUACUCCGAGAAGCCGAAAAAUCCAGGUUCCAAGUUAUAA